GCCCGCGCGCCGCGUCCUCCCGCCAGCUGCGGCCGCCGCGGUGAUGCCAGGGAGGAGGGAGCCGCCUCGGGCCGCGCUGCCGGGGGCGCCGGGCGCCGGGGUGUGAGCCAGCCGCGGGCGGGCGUCACCCGGAGGAUGCUGCCCGCCGCGCCGCGCUGAGCCAGCCCCGGAGCGAGCGGGAGACGCGAGCGCCAGCCGGGCCCAGGACGCGCGGUCGGACCUUGCAGCUGGGUGGGCUCCGAUUCGUGCCCCCUCCCUCCGCCCCUCCUCUCGCCUCUCGCCUUCCUCUCGCCCUCCCUGUCUCUCUCCCUCCCUCCCUCUCUCUCUUCUCUCUGCUUCCUUCUCUCUCUCUCUCUCCCCCAUCCUCCCUCCCCCGUCUCUCUCUCUCUCUCUCUCUCUCUCUCUCUCUCUCUCUCUCUCUCUCUCUCUCUCUCUCUCUCUCUCUCUCUCUCUCGCUGUCCCCCUCUCCCCCCACCCCCCUUUCAUUCCGUCGUUCUGGGUUUGCAUAUUUAAAACCUCUCCCCUGGGCGCUCUCCCCGCCCCUGGCAGUGUCGGCGCCUCUAAAUGGCAUUAGUGGAGCCCGGAGCCCGCGGUGUAGCGCACAGACAUGGUCCAUGGACGCAGCCUGUUUCACAUUGUAGCAAGUUUAAUCAUCCUCCAUUUAUCUGGGGCAACCAAGAAGGGAACAGAAAAGCAAACCACCUGGGAAACACAGAAGUCAGUGCAGUGUGGAACUUGGACAAAACAUGCCGAGGGAGGGAUAUUUACCUCUCCCAACUAUCCCAGCAAGUACCCCCCAGAUCGAGAGUGCAUUUACAUCAUAGAAGCUGCUCCAAGACAGUGCAUUGAACUUUACUUUGAUGAGAAGUACUCGAUCGAACCUUCUUGGGAAUGUAAAUUUGACCACAUUGAAGUUCGAGAUGGACCUUUUGGGUUUUCUCCAAUAAUCGGACGUUUCUGUGGACAGCAAAACCCACCAGUAAUAAAGUCCAGUGGAAGAUUUCUAUGGAUUAAAUUUUUUGCUGACGGAGAGCUAGAGUCCAUAGGAUUUUCAGCCCGGUACAAUUUCACACCUGAUCCUGACUUCAAGGACCUUGGAGUUUUAAAACCAUUACCAGCCUGUGAGUUCGAGACAGGCGGCCCGGAAGGGAUUGUGGAAUCCGUUCAAAUCAUGAAGGAAGGCAAAGCGUCUGCCAGCGAGGCCGUGGACUGCAAGUGGUACAUCAGGGCACCUCCGAAGUCCAAGAUUUACUUACGGUUCUUGGACUAUGAGAUGCAGAAUUCCAAUGAGUGCAAGAGGAACUUCGUGGCCGUGUAUGACGGGAGCAGUUCCGUGGAGGACCUGAAAGCCAAGUUCUGCAGCACCGUGGCAAAUGACGUCAUGCUCCGCACGGGACUGGGGGUCAUCCGCAUGUGGGCGGACGAGGGCAGCAGGAACAGCCGCUUCCAGAUGCUCUUCACAUCCUUCCAAGAACCUCCCUGUGAAGGCAAUACUUUCUUCUGCCACAGCAACAUGUGUAUUAACAAUACAUUGGUUUGCAACGGACUCCAGAACUGUGUGUAUCCUUGGGAUGAAAAUCACUGUAAAGAGAAGAGGAAAAGCAGCCUGCUGGACCAGCUCACCAACACCAGUGGGACUGUCAUUGGCGUGACUUCCUGCAUUGUCAUCAUCCUCAUUAUCAUUUCUGUCAUUGUGCAGAUCAAACAGCCUCGUAAAAAAUAUGUCCAAAGGAAAUCAGACUUUGAUCAGACAGUUUUCCAGGAGGUGUUGGAGCCCCCGCACUAUGAGCUAUGCACUCUCCGGGGCACAGGCACCGCCGCGGACUUCGUAGAGGUGGCGGAUGACUUAGACAGCUACCACAAACUGCGGAGGUCUUCUUCCAAAUGCAUUCACGACCAUCACUGUGGAUCCCAACUGUCCAGCACGAAAGGCAGCCGCAGCAACCUCAGCACAAGGGAUGCUUCUGUCUUAACCGAGUUGCCCCCACAGCCCAUCAAGCCUCUCCUCCCGCCCAUGAACAGGAGGAACAUCCUCGUCAUGAAACACAACUACUCCCAAGAUGCUGCAGACGCCUGUGACAUCGACGAGAUCGAAGAGGUGCCCACCACCAGUCACAGGCUGUCCCGACACGACAAAUCCGUCCAGCGGUUCUGCCUCAUUGGGUCUCUAAGCAAACAUGAAUCUGAAUACAACACAACUAGGGUCUAGAAAGAAAAUACAAGCAAGCACAUCCCGGUGGAGAACAGUGAUGAAAGACUUGCACCUUCUCAGUCACUGUGAUUUCCAGAAACCACCUACUCUGCUUUCGCCAGAGAGCCUUCUCUCCAAAGACUGCUCCUCUGUCCUCUGAACUCGGCGUUGCUCAGGGACCCCCAGAGCCUGAACCAUCACGCACGCAGACAUAGCAACCCUGGAAGGAAAUGACGUUUCGCAGCUCCAGAUGAUUGCCUGGGAUGAAUUCCCCUGCAAGGCUGCUGAUGGAGAAGCACGCAGGCGCACGGCGCAGUGCUUGAAGGAGACAGUUUCAUAGUGAGAAAAAGGUGGUAAAAGCCAAUGAGAAUCAUGCUUUUCACAGGUUCAGUUUGGGUGUAAGUGGUGGCAUCAUUCCAUUCCUCGUUGUGCUCUUAUAGAUAAUGCCUAAGUCCUCUGAACGUCACUGUUUCUCUGUCAAACUUUGAGGCUCUACCUUCUGACAACUGGAAAUCAACAAGUCCUCUCUGGGGGUAUAGAGUCUACCCGGUUUCUUACCCGUCUAUACUCCAGAGGGAGGAAGUAUCUCCUCUAUGCAAUACUUUUGUAUUUUCCAAGCAGCAUUUCAAACCCUCUGUGAUCUCAGUGGGUUUGGGGAGUCCCUUAUCUGCUGAUAUCCGUUUCUAAGAAUUGUUUACAGCAUCAAAUAGAUGGAACUUGGCUGGUGAACAAAGGGUUCAUGGAUGGCCUAUUAGUAAGUCCCGAUUUACCACAAUGGGGAUAAUGAAAUUGGAGGUGGGACCAGCGCUGUAAUUGAUGCGUAGUUAUGAAUGACUAUUUUAGAAUAAAAAUCUUUGAAGACAAGCAUGAGGACUGAUUAUUUUGGGUAUCCUUCAAAAUAACUAUUCCAGAAAGAGUCUAUAUGGAUUUAAUAAGGUGACAAUUAAGUAUAAAAGUACACUUAAUAAUUAAUUGCUAUGUAUAUAUACAUAUAUAUAAAAUCACAGAAAUAGGGUUCCAAAAUGUUACUUGGCAUAUAUUUGUUAGUGAUACUACUUCAAAUAUUUGCUUGCACGUUUUCUAAACUAACUUAUUUUAUUUUCCUGCUUCUGCUCAUUUAAUUGGCAAUAUAGAUUUCCAUAUUUUUUGGCCAAUGAUGUAAUGGAAAGGAAAAUUUUUGAGUAAAACUAUUAAUUAAAAUCUAAUUCAGUGGAGCCAAAUAAUCUAUUUAAAAACAAUGUUUAUCAUUAAAUUGCAGAACAAUAUGAUAGAGAUGAUGUCCGCAGAUUUCAAUAAAUCUACAUGCUAUUCUCUGUGUAUACCCACUUAAUCAUAAACAAUAUCAUUAUUUUAUUCAUAUAAGGUGUCAUAAGUGAGGGAAUGGAUAAUAUUUCUAGAUAAUUUUUUCAAAAUUUAGAUUUUAAGUUAUGUGAAGUUAUUACAUGUUCAAAAGUUUGUAGUAUUCUUUACUCAUAGCGUUAGAAUAUUUUUUUGAAAUAUUCUGUUUUCAAUCGGCUCAAAGUGAAUUUUGUUGAAAUCCAUAGUGGGCACAUUUAUUUUGUCAUUUUCAUGGACUUAAUUUUGGAUGAUUGCACAAAAGUGAAAGAAAACAGUCAGGGAAAGUAAUUGAAGUGGAAAUCUAUUCUCUCUAUACUGAGGUCAGGGAGUCUGCUCGCUGAGCUGAGGCACCAGGGGGCCCGGGUUCAGUGUCCAGCAUCACGUGGUCAACUAAGCACUACCAGAAGUCCCUGAGCACUGAUCUGAGAGUACACCUUAAACACUGCCAAGUGUGUCCCCCCAAACAUAAGUUACCACGAAUUGAUAUGUUUCUGACUAUGUUCAAUAACAUUCUGUAUGGGUAAUGUUUAACGGUUGUGAGCACUGGAGCAAUGAGUCUAGCCAUACUGUUUCUUUUAGAGUCGUUUUGAACACAACAAUUAACAGGCACAGGUGUUUUGUGUUUCUUUUUUGCAGUGCCUAUUCUGUACUUGGUACUUAUAAGUGUAUGGGGUAAACAUAUAUAUAAAAAUGACAUCCUACCCAACCUGAAAGCACCCAUUUUCUCUCUGCAGAAAACAAAGUACUCAUAUAGUAACAGUUGAAUGUACUAGUUGAUUUAAAUACAAAUAGGUUUAGUUUCAACGUGGUGAAUACAUUUUGUAGCAUAAUUUUUCAGUCUAAACAGACAACUCAGGACAGCUACGUUGAUAGAUAAGAAGUGUGAAGUUCUUUCUGUUUAUUUGGGGUCACUUCCACCUGGACUCAGGACUUCUUCCAGGCUCAGGGAACCAUGUGUGGUGCUGAGGGUCAAACUGGGUUUGGCUGGAUGUAAGGGGGACUUAGCCCCUGUACUAUUGCUUCAGACUUUCUCAUGGAGUUAUUUUGAAGGAAGCGCUGGAAUACGGGUUUCCAACUGAAAUUUGAUUCUGCACUUCAGAUGCCCUGGUUUUAAGGAGAAUUACACAUCUGUGUGGCACAGAUGAGUCCUGGUCACUAUUUCUCUGUGACUCCGCUGAGGAGGGUAUUUAUCCCUUGUUUAAAACUUCUCUUGAUGCUAGUAUUAUCCAGUUAAAAUAUUGCAAAGUACUGCAAAAUCACAAUCAAUAGACAAAGGAUGACUUUUGUCUUGUAACAGGGACUUCAUGUUUAAAGACUGCAGAAAGUCUUCCUCAUGGCCUAAAUGGAACAGCAUUUUACUUGACUAGUAUGAAACGCUUUCCAAUUAAUGAUAAAAGUGAAAUUUUACAAAAAUGUUUUUAUCCAGUGCAAACGAAUUCCAUGCGCUUGAAAUGUGGUUUUACAUUUUAAGUUCUGUUUAAGUUAUUCUCCUGGUAGUCAUGUGUUUACACCUGUGUCCUUUUCCCAAAUGUCUUGGAUAGCAGGUACAUUGGGAAGGAGAUAUGAGCUUCGGAAUUCAAACCUCUUUAUUCCUCCUCUUGCCUAUUAAGUAUUAAUGAUCUUAUGAAUAUCAAAUGACAGCCGAAAUUGAAGUUUUCUAAAAUGUAGUAUUUUAAACCAUCUUGCUUAUAUAUUCCAAUAUACUUAAUUCUGCUACCACUGUUGUAUUUUAUGCUUCCUUGAAAUAAAAGAAAUAAUUAUUACUGUAACAAUAAAGGGACAAAUAUGAGAUUAAAAAUUGUUGAAGGUGGAAAGCCUAUUUGUUUUCUUACUGAAUCUAGAAAAAUUGGCAUCAGUGUAUGCGCUUAUAAGUUAAAAAUAUUGUCUCUGAGCUUGUAACUUUGAACUCAGACUGUAUUCUUCAGACAGAAUUUUCCACCGACUGAUCAGUAGGAAUGAUGUCUCUUAUUCACUGCCUCUUGUUGCAUGCUUAGACCUCUGAACAACAUUCAAGGUAAGAGUACAGCUGUGUAUUAAUGCAAGCGUUCAAAUAUUCCAAGGUAAUACACUUCUGCUUGUGAUCAUUUUUGGUUAAAAUGUUCAAGUUGUCAUGAACAAGCUACUUUGAUAUGUGUAAAAUUACAUUACAUCUCUAGUUAUCUGGUUGUAAGAAAAUUAAAUUAAGCCAUGUCAAACUUUAGAUCCAUGAUGAAAAUAAAUGUCUAAUAUUGGCACCUGUUAGAUGGUAUUUAAAAUGAAACUGAAGUGUUGUUGGCAUUAAAGAUGUAAGGUGAUAUGUGAUUUGAAUUUGGUUGGGGGGUUUGGGUCAUACUGGUGUUUUUCAGAACUAACUUCUAGAUUUACACUCACAGAUCAUUUUUGGUGGGGUUUAAUGCACCUUUUGCCAUAGAUCAAACCCUGGUCAGCUGCAUUUAAGGCAAGUGCCUUGCCCACUGUACUUGUAUCUCGCCAUCCCUGCUCAAUUUUAAACUAAUGCUCCUUAUAACAUGCAUAAGUGUUUUGAAUACAUAUAAAUAUGUACUUAGAAUGAAAAGUCUAAGAUGUGAUCUCUUCAAUUGGAUCUUACUAGAAAGCACAGAAACAUUCCUAUGCAAAUAAUUGCAACCUGUUUGGUAUGACACUGGCAGUACUCACCGCUUCCCCUGGCUCUGUGCUUAGGGGUCACUCCUGGCAGUAUGAGGGGGACCAUCUGGUGCUAGGAAUUUUAGCCAGGGUUGACUGCAUACAACAAAAGCACCUUAUUUAGGGCCACUCUCUCUCACUGACCUUAAUUCAAAUACCUUUGGAGGGGAUGGGCCAAACUCAGUGGAUCAAUCUUGCAUCAGCUGCUUGCAAGCCCAGUGCCUUAUCACCUCUACUACCUCUCUGUCUCAAAAUGGACCUUUUCCUAUAUUUUCCAAUUUAAUUUUUAAAUUAAGUUGGAUAUAUUUUAUGUAGUAAGUUAGGGAAGUUCUAAACUAGGGAGCAUACAUGUGUUAUGAAAAAUAAAAUCAUAAGCAUGGAAAUACUCCAGUUUGAUUUAAUAUGAAAAUCUGCAAGGUAUAAUUUUCAGGGCUAAUGAAUUUUUAUGGUUUUUACUAAAAUAAAAGGCUAAUGGAUGCCAUAAUUGAUAUUUACAUGGUUAUCAGCAAUUUUAAUGUCUGAGUAAUGCUUGUUAAUCUGUAUCAAUUAAUCUCAAUUUUUAUCUGAGGUUAUUCCAAGCUCUUCAGUUUUUAAGUUUCUUAUAUUAACAUCAAUUUUUGUACAGAGAUUCAUCUUCUACCUGCUAAUCUUGCAUAUGUCUUAUUUGCAAUGCUGAUGAAAACAGAAAGAGACAGUUUGAUAUAUUAAAAAGAGUAUGUUUAUCCUUUGAAAAUCAUCAGAAUAGUUUAUCAUUUUUACUGAAUUUUGAAAUUUUGGCCUUCAGCUCUAGCAAUAUAACUACUUGUUAAGUAUUCAAUUAUUUUUAAAUAUAUCCUGAGGGACCUGACAAAUGUUAGGAAUUUCAUAUCAUAAUGCAUAAUUGUUACUAGCUUAAAAAGAAUCAUUUACGCUCAAAAUAUGGUAUGUUGUCAUUUGUUCAUUAAAUACACAUGCAUUGCUUUGUUUAUUUGAAACUUUCCUUAAUCUUGUUGAUAAUUGGGUUCUCCUCUGAAAAUUGUUAACCCUGUUUUCUUUUUAUUUUAACCUCUGCCGAUGAGUUCAACAAUCCCCUAUAGAACUGUCUUUCAGCUUAACCCAUUAAAAUGACAGCAGUCAGUAUCUAUAUACUUAUGGAAAUCACAAAAACAAACAGUGAUG